AUGGAUCAAGGCAAUAUGAACAAGUUCUUCAAUUCGUCGUCGUUUUUUACUCAGACGCCUCAGAAGGACAAGCAAGGGCAGUAUGGAUCCACGCAGCAGCCGUCGAUGUUUGGGCAACCUCAGCCUGGAUACGGGGGUAUGCAAAACCCAUUUGCACAAGGAUCCUCGAGUGGAGUGAAGAGCGGAGUGUUUGGAAGCUCAGCACCAACGUCGUUUGGAACCGGAACCCCGUUUGGAGGAGCAGGAUCUGCGCCUAGUACAAGCACAGGGAUGUUUGGACAGCCCUUUGGGAGCCAGCAGCCAUUAAGCAUACAGCCAUCUGUUUCAUCACAGCCUCAGCCUUCUCUAUCAAGUAUACCACGGUUUGGAGGAGCCAACACGUUUGGAGGGGGAAGCAAUAUGUUUGGAUCUGCGAGCAAUACAAACACAUUAGUGCCUUCAUCGUCUUCCUUCAGCACGCCUAGUGCAACGACUAGUCCGUUUGCGACGCAACAAAGUGGGAUGUUUGGCCAAAAUACACAAGCGCAGGCGCCUGCAUUUUCGAUUGGAAUGCAACCCAUGGCGCAAACUCAGCAGGCCAAUCCUUGGGGACAGUCUAGCACAUCAUCGAGUCCGUUUGGAGGAAACCAAAGUCUUUUUUCGAGUGAUAAGGUCACAGGCAUGAGCACGGGGAUGCCUGGAUAUGGCGCACGCUCUGGAACAAGGGAUCAUCAAUAUAUGCAGAGAAAGAUACGUGAAGACAAUGGCGGAGAUGUAUCUCUUAUUCACAUAAAUGGAAAUGAGAGUUACAUGCACAAAUCUGUUGAAGAGCUGCGAUCUGAGGAUUACUCAUUGGGCAGAAAGCCGGCUACUGGAGGAGUGUCGACCGAUCCUCGUGGAUAUUCUGGAUAUGGAGGGAUGUUUGGAACAUCAAAUGGCACAGCAUCAGAUAGUCGAGGGCAGAUGCCAAGUACACUUGGAUCUGGAACAGGGUCUGGGUUCCAGCCGUUUAUUUCGACGCAAAGCACGCCGGUGCAGAGCAUGCCUACAUCAGGAGUGUCUGCUUUGGGCCAGCAGGCACCGGCAUUUGGAGUAGGAGGUUCUGUAUCGCAGCCUGUGUUUGCGCCUCAGCCAGCCAACACAAGCUUUCCGCUAUCCCAGCAACCGUUGCCAUUGCAAACCCCGGCCUCAACAAAUGAGCCUGAGAAUCCGUUUUUGCAACCCAGGGCACAGCCUCAGCAGGGAUUUGGAAUGCCAGCAUUGAAUAUGCAAGCAUCGACUGUGAGUCCGAGCAUGAAUGCAUUUGCAUUUACGCCGAUACAACAGACGCAGCCAGUGCCUACACAGCAACUAUUUGGAGCAAUGAGCCAAGGUAUUCCGCCUCAGGCCCAGCAAGGAUAUGGCUCUCAAGGAUAUGUGCAACAGCAAAAAGCCGAUUUUUCUGAUCCUUUCUUGGUGAAGAACAUCAAGUUUGAGAAGGCCGAGAAGGAGCAUAUACCACUGAGCAAAAUGUUUCCGCAGCCAAUGUUUAAGGAGGACAAAAAGACGUCUCGGAUCUCGCUGAGCUUCAGGCCACCUAAACAGCUGUCGAGGGAGAAUGUGUACACCAUUCCAUCGAUUGACGACAUCAAGCACAUGAAGGAAGUGCACAACCUGAUCAUAGGGUUUGAAGACAAGGGCAGAAUAGAGUAUCUUGACACGGUGAAUGCAUCUGAAGUGACGAUGGCAAACAUUCAGUUGAAGGUGUAUUUCUCAAAGGACAGUGUGGUUGUGAAUGAUCCUGUUGGAGUGGGGCUCAAUAGAAGGGCAAGGGUGUAUGUUGAGGGAGUGUUUCCGUAUAGCAGGAGUCUUGGAGACUACAUCCGAGGAGAGCAAAAACAGUUUCCGUUGAAGGGGAUACAAGAAAGGUUUGUGUAUGGGCUGAAGAAUGAUGCAGUGAGGAAGUUUGUUGGAUAUGAAUAUGAAAGAGGAACGUAUGUGUAUGACGUGAAUCAUUUCUAA